AUGGCACUGGAGACGCUGGGCCACCUGGGUCGGACGCCCUUCCGACGUUCGCCAACCGAAGGCUGCGGGAAGAAGUUGGAUGUGCUGUCGAUCCCAGGCGAGUUGUGCGUGGUUGUAGUGUUGCUGGCCACCUUGUUGCUGUGCGCCCAUGGGACAAGAGCAUUGAGGCCAUACGAGCCACUGGACGAGGACUCUAAUUCGGGCAUCCCAGCAGUACACGCGGCUCCGGCCUUCGGGGACGGCAAUACCCAACAGGACGAUGUGCCGACGCAGGAAGACGACAUGAUGGAAAAUGUAAAGACACCACUCACGCGGCAGCAGUCGUACCACUUCUCGUACCAGAUCAGGGACGCGGGUGGCAACACACAACAUCACAGUGAGCAGAGCGACGUAAGGAACAACCGCAGGGGCUCCUACGGCUACAGGGACGCGAACGGUAUCUACCGCCACGUGACGUACGUGGCCGACAGGAAAGGCUUCAGGGCGUGGAUUAAAACGAACGAACCCGGCACCAGCAACCAGGCACCCGCUGACGUCCGUAUCACUGCCGAGAAACCACCUCCGAAGGUCGUCGACCAAGCCACCUCCCCUCCGGCCAAACCUAAGGGCACCGUAGAUUCCAAAGAUGUGAUCUCUGCUCGACCAGCGGUCUCAGCCGUCCCUGCCUUUACUCAUCCGGAAACGGUUCCCGUCCAUCCACUCCACACGGUGGGUGUAGCCGCUGCACCUGCCGUAUCUGCCGCACCGGCUUUCCAGGUAUCGGCUGGAGGGUACGAACUUUCCCAACCCGAGGCUCCAGUACCAGCCAUCGACAUAGCCACGGGCGCCUAUCCGACCUAUGACUCAAAAAGGUUGUCCGGAGCUGGUUACGUUCCUACAGACUACGGUACUCAUAGUGCGCUUCCAGUUCAGGAUUAUGAGAGGGCGCCGGAGGUAGGCGUGGCCGACUUCACCUACUACCCGGAUCCGCAGAGGGUUCAAAAUUACGCGGGCGAAGACGGGAGACAGGGCUACGUGUAUGACCCGCAGUCCUCUUACUCAAAGCAGGCUAUCCCUAACGCCGUCCCUGUGUACAAGUCCGUUCGCCCGUUUCCAACGCUGACCUCGUCUUCGGCGAAGAGAACCGAUGAGUCGGACGAAGUCACCCAGAAGUAUGGGAUUCCAGUGGGUGUCACGUACAUUAACCCUCAGGACGUGAACCGCCCCUUCGAGCGACCACAGUCGUAUGACAUCGCCCCGACCGGCGUGGCGGAUAGGUACAAGAAGUACCUCGACUGGAACCGGCAGGGCAAGCUCCGCGACUGAGUACCUUUCGUGCGUGGUCGCAGGCGACGUCGCUUGUAAAUAUUCAUGCCCUGGUGCGUGGUCCUGUCUGCGGGCUGUUUCUCGAUCGUUAUACUUUGCAUGCGUGGGAAUUUUUUUAUGGCGCGCUUUGUGCUGGUACAACAAAGCCCGCCUGAGUCUGUGUGCCAUUGUGUUGUGAUUGGUCUCAUCGGUAACAAUCGGCGUGAAAAGUUUGCUCAAAUGA